AUGGAUGUAAACAAGGCGAACCGCCAGAGACGACACAGGACGACGUUCACGUCAGACCAGACGCUGAAGCUGGAGCUCGAGUACGCGCGCACUGACUAUGUCAGCCGACACCGACGGUUCGAGUUGGCGGCAAUGCUGCAGUUGAUGGAGAGUCAGAUAAAAAUCUGGUUCCAGAACCGGCGGGCAAAAGACAAGCGGAUCGAGAAGGCCCAGAUCGACCACUAUCUGAGAUACCAUAUCAUAUCCGUCACCGGUGACGCACUCCGAUUCCUGCAGUACAUGCGCAGUGCCACUUUCGUUUCCCACAUCACUUCCGCUGAGGUUACCACAGGGACAGUUCCUUUUCGGUGUCCCAAAUCAUAUUCAACUUCCGGGUACCAUGUAACUUUUGGUGAGGCUGCCGUAGGAGUGCUGGACACACCCAGGGUCCCAACAUUAUACAGCCUCAGGCGCGAAGUUCAACGUCGACGUCGACGCGAGAACCGUCAGAGACAUCAGAGGACGACGUUCACGUCAGAUCAGAUGCUAAAGCUGGAGCUCGAGUACGCGCGCACUGACUACGUCAGUCGACACCGACGGUUCGAGUUGGCGGCAACGCUGCAGUUGACGGAGAGGCAGAUAAAUAAAAAUCUGGUUCCAGAACCGGCGGGCAAAAGACAAGAGGAUGAAGAAGGCCCAGAUCGACCACUCUCUGAGAUCGAUGGGUCUUCCGUCUGUUCAGUUACAAUUUCCGUCACCGGUGACGCACUCCGAUUCCUGCAGUACAUGCGCAGUGCCACUUCCGUUUCCAACAUCACUUCCGCUGAGGUUACCGUACGGACAGUUCCUUAUCGGUUUCCCUCAUCAUUUCCGGUGAAAAUGCAAUAAAGAAAGUUUCAAUUUUGGUUCUCACAGCGCUACCGGUGUGGUUGCCCUCGCGACAGUUCAACUUCCGGGUACCAUGUCACUUUCGGUGAGGCUGCCCUAGGGAAUGGGAGCGAUGAAGUUAUUAAUCUUAAACUUUAUAGUUUAGAGUUCCUUUUUGGUAUUUACUAAAUGUGACAAAAAUUAUUAAAAGGGAUUAAGUUGUCAAUAUGUUAACAAGUACAAGUUUCAGAGUUGUUUUAAAAGUACACUAUAUUUAUUUUCCUUGAAAUCUUAAGUUGUCGUGAUGUUGGUGACAUUUAUCAAGUGCGAUUCCUUAAAAAAAUUGUCUGCGUAUUGACCUUUUAAGUUCAAUCUAUAUCAGCCGACGAUUUAAAAGGGGGCAGUCUACAGUUUUUCUUGAAAAUCCACAGGCCGACAACCACUGGUCUGCAAAACACCCUCAAAACAAGGCCUUCAGUCACAACCUGAAAAUAGAUUCAGACAAUUUUCAGUGCAGCUCAUCAACAGCUUGCAAAUAAAGCACAAAACAAUGCAGAACAUGCACUUAAAACUGAUAUCUGGGGCAAAAUAGACCUUUUCGGGGGUCUCGAAACUUGCCCGUAAAAACCCCAUUUUCAGAUAAACCCGGCAAUCACUUUUAUCUUUCCGGGGAACAAUACACACACAGUGGACAACUUGCUUUGCACCAUCACAGCAAAUGCUUUAAAACUGAGCCAAACAAAAUGGGUCAUUACCGUUUACUUUUUUUGCACUGUUAACUUAUUUAAACUCACCGUUGAAAUCUGUCGAUUGCCGGCUGCUUCAAGCAGGAAGUACAUGUGUUUACUUCUGGCCAGAAUACACUUAAUAGUUUCCCUAUAUAAUUCAAUGCGAAAGCGACAACUUUAGGCCAAAAUAAAUGCAACAUUUUUCACAUAGACACCCCCAUAACCUUUUCUUAAAGGCCAUUCUAAGCGGGAUCGAUUUUUGCAAUAAAAAAGAUAUGUCAUGUUCAAUGCAAGAAACAACUUGACCCAAAUCAAAAUCGACUGUUUUUGCAACUUU